CAUGCAUAGGCGCAUUUUUACAAAGCAACUACGUUUUACGUAAACAAUAUAAACGUACUUGUGCUUCAAAGAUUGAUAUCAAAUAUAACCAUCGUGAUCUUUUGCACGGAAAUAUUUGUCAACUGUACAAGAUUUUAUCGCACAUCACCGUACAACGAAAGUAACAUCGUCGUGAAGAGUUUGCGACAAAAUAAUAGGGGCGCGAGUCGUUCGUAGUGAGAAUCGUAACAAAAACUUCGAUAUUCUCGGUAAGUCCCGAUAAAUCCUUGUGCAGGAAGAAUGAGAGGUUAGGGCAAGAAUGUCAUUUUAAAUACGUCACUUAUAACGAGAUUAGUUAAAACAUCGUUUCAACAUUAAAGGUACGUGAAAAGACAAUGAUUUUCGUUGUUUCGAGGUUGCAAAUCUUUAGAAAUCAAUCGCGAACUUGGGAAAGAGCUCUCAUCAGUUAAAUUGAUGCAGAGAUGUGCAUUCUUGAUGGUGUUGCAUAUAAGCACACUUUGUUAAACUGCCAAAGACUAUCUGGUGCCAAUCCAUACUUGAACAAAUUUAUCAAGACGAUAUCAAGAUAUUACAAAAACUGUGAUGAGUUAUCGUGGUUUUGGACGAGGGAGGGGUUAUGGACCACAUGGUACACGUGCCAAAGGUCCAUUUAUAAGACCCUGUUUUCCACCUUUCCGACAUAUGGGUCCACCCAGACCAGGAUGUCCUGGAUUAUUCAUGCCAAGACACCCAAACAAUUUUUAUCAGCCUCAGUUACGCGGUAAUCCACAAUUUAGACCUCGUGGGAGAGGAAAAAAGUUUUACAAUUAUGAUGAUCAUUUUGCUGGUCCGAAUAAACUACCUAUGAAUCCAGAUUGUGAGGAAAUUAUGCCAUUACCACCACUACCACAAGUACCACCAUCAAACAGCCAAGAAAUAGAGAUUGAUGAAACAGAUUGUAUACCACAAGUUUUGCCUUGUCCUGAGGAGGAGCAGCAAGAAAAUAUAACUGAAACAGCAGGUCAGUUGAAGCAAGAUGUAUGUUUCAACAAUGAUGAUUAUUGGAAUAAUGAUGUAUCACUUUCGUGUGAUACUAUAGAGAAUGGCUGUAUAGAGAAUGAAGAAAGUUUUAAGCUUAACAAUGAACCAUCUGAACUUGACGUAACAUAUAAUGAUUUGAAAGAUGACAUUGACAGAAUAAAUAUUGAUGAUUCAGAGCUUGAUGUCUUACAACAUGCAACAAGUGAACUUAAUCUUACAAGCAAUAUAAAUAAUGAUGUAAUAUUGGGAGGAAAUGUGGAUGGAUCUCAACUAGAGGCAAUAUCUGACCAUCAAGUGACAGAUUUUGAAAAUAUGGUGCCAGAUAAUGAAGGCAUAGAAGCAGAUAAUGAAGGCAUAGAAGGCAUAGAGCAGUCUCAUGAGCCAGUUGACACUUCUGACUAUUUGGAACAAUCAGAUCUAUGUGAAGAUAACAAUUUUGAAAAUGAAUUAUUACAAACGGACCUUCAAUGUCAGUAUGAUAUACCUGAAGAUGACAAUAUACAAGAACCGUGUAAUCAACAGCAAGAUAUCCCAGAGCAAGUUGAGACACAUUUAGAGACAGAUGCUAUACAAGAGCAAGACAUGCCUGAAAUACCAAUCUUACAGGAUAUGCCAUUUUCAUAUAAUUCUGAAGAUCAAAAUAUUAUAAAAGAAAAUGUACCACAAGGUGAAGAGGAACCUAUUGUGAAUUUAAAAGCUGAAGAAAUUGUCUUAAAUCCUCAUCUUCAAAGAAACAAUUCAAAUAACAAUGAUUGCCCAGUGUUACAAUCUACUUUAGCUAAUGCACCAACAUUAAAUAAUGCUACAUUGCAAAAUCAGCACCGAUUGCCACGAGCACAGGAAAAUUCUUUUUGCAGUGGUCCACCAAGAUUGUCACCGCAUACUGAACCGCAAUUACCUAUAGAUUUUGACCCGACUUGUCCGCCACCAAUGCUUUUGAAACAAGAACAACCAUCUGCUUUGCCUCUGUUUCCAGUGUACAAUUUGCCGCCAAUGUUUAAUCCUGCGGAACCACCACCGAAUAUGAGACAUUUAAUUAAGCCAAAUCUAACAAAUGUUCCACCAUGGAACAUUAGUGAAAAUCAGAUACCUGGCGCUUUUAAUAAUAUAGAAAUGCAUAGGGAUUUAAAUAUACCUGUAGCGUGUACGUCGCAACAGUUACCAUUAGAAAUGCCCAGCCAAAGUAAUGUCUUUCUACCACCAUCUCAUCUUGAUACAAUGAAUUUUGCUCCAGUAUUUCCUUUGAUGCCGGGUGGAAUCAAAACAAAUAUGCCACCACCAUUGCCUCAUAUACAACCAAUGACUCAUAGUGCUUACUUGCCUCGAGUUCCUUCGCCAAACGUCGUAUCGUUUUCUGAUUCAAAUCUAGAUAUAAACAAAGACGAUGGAUUGAACGAUAUAGAGGAAGCUAUGAAAUUUGCCAAACAAAUGACUAAUAUGAUAGAAGAGAAAGAAGAAAGUAUGAUUUCCAAAAGCAGUAAUUUAAUCAAGCCUAUUAAUGAAAUAGAAACUAUAUCCUUGCCUCCAGGAAAGCCGCGGAUCAAAAGUAACAAACCAAGCAAGAACAAACAAGAUGACUUGUGUAGCAAAGACGCAACAUUUGAGGAGCAAACAGCAUCAUCGGAAGAAAAUAUGCAAGAUGCAUGUUUGAAGUCUGUGGAUGACUCGCCAGUGAAAGAACAAGAUCGUCCUAAAGUAAUAUUUAAUUUAAGUAAUAAAAUGAUAAAAGUAAAUACCAACUGGCAACCAAGCACUAGCAAGACAAAAAAUCCAAAAAGAAGUUGCAAAAUACGUAGCGAAAAAAUGAAAGAGAAAAUGUUGCAAAAAAAAUUACAGAACAUUACGAAAACUACAGAAAUGUGUACAACAUCCUCAGUAAGGAGAAGAAGUGUGGGAAAUACUUCGAGACAAAAUGCAGAAAAAGUCAAAACUCUGAUGAAGAACGAAAGUAGUGUGGUAUCAUCCGUAAAACAAAAUGCUGCAGUAUCUCGCAAAAAAUUAGAAAGAAAUGUAGAAAAAUCUCUACGUUCUAACGUGUUGCCUCAAAUGCAGAGAUCACUUCGGAGUAGUGUAGAAAAGAGCGGGAAUCCCAUCUCGGAAGCUUCUUGGAAGAACAAAAUCGUCAAUCGAUUUCUGAAGAUGAGCAAAAACGAGAUCUACAAUAUGGUGAACAAUACUAGUCUACGGAAAUUUGAUGUAAUAAUGAAACGUCUAGUCAGAGAGAAGAAGCCUAUGUUAUCCUUGGAGAUGAGACACGCGCAGGAUGAGAAAAUGAAGCGGUACGAUCAACAGGAAUUCAUGAAACAACUGAACGCAAUGUUGCAACCUGGAGCCAUAGUAGAUGUCACGGAUUUGCCCACGGAAUUUAUUCAUCAUUUGAAUGAAGUAUUACAAUUGGACAUACCGUUGAACCAUAACGAUGAAUUUACGGCAAUCUCGACUAAUCAAAGUAGUCAUACAGAAAUUAUGAGCAAUGUCACUAAUGUCAUAACACAAAUCACCGAGAGUACGAGUGAAAUAGAGGCUUCAAGUUCUAGGCCUCAGGCUUCAAGUAACAUUGUCGAUCAAGAAUGCGUAAAAAACAAAAGUAAUAUAUCGAAAGUGAAUGACGAUAAAGAUGCACUAAUGCAGACACAUAAUAUUAAAAUUAGCAAUUAUACCACGAAAGGUGACGCUCAUAGCACUAAAUCUAAUAAAUCUAACGCUAGUAGUAGAUUAUCGGCUUUACAACACGAUCUAGAUGACAUAUUUUCAGAAGUGACGAGGAAAAAUCAAAUUCCCACGGCAGCAGCUCGUAAAGAUUGCAGCAUGGGACUACAAAGUGGGACUGUGCAGAAAUCUGACGAUACGACUCUAAAGAACGUCAAAAAGAAGAACUUUGAAGAUUUUGAGGAAUGUGAGAAAGAAGUGUCAUAUUGGGAAGAAGACAGAGCACGUAGGACAGAGAAUUGUGCACGUUGGAUUGAAAAGUGCGAUAAAUGGAAGAUGAAAGAGCAGGAGGAUCCGCUCGCAUACAGAAAUCUUACCAAAGAAGAAUGGGAGGCGAAAUAUGGAAUGCCAGCGAUUCAACCUACAGAACAUUCUACUACUAUUCCUAUUAUUCCUACUGCUAUUUCUACUGUUACUCCUACUGUUCUUACUGCUGUUCCAUCUGUUACACAACAGAUUAGCAUUACCGAUGACAUGAUAUCACCGAGCAGAAUGCACAUGAAAACUUUGUAUCCACGACGCCGUUAUUCGUCUGAAUCCUCGAAGCAUUCGCACGCAAAAUAUAAAACCGUCGAAGAUGACAAGUACAAUCGACACAGGCGACACAGCGAUGAGAGGAGACAAGCCGCGGGAUACUCAGAAAACAAUAAUGAUCAUCAUAAUAAAAGUCGAAGUAACAGCAGCGGCAGCAGCAGCAGUAGCAGCAGCAAUAGCAGCAAGAGUAGUAGCGAUAGUAACAGUACAAAUGUUACGAAGUUACUGAGGGUGAUCAAGGAGAAAGAGAAGGUCGCCAAAAAAAUGUCACUGAACGAGACGAUAAGGGAUGAGGUGAACGCCGAGAUAGAACGCGAACGAAAGCAGAAGUCGAAGAAAUCACGAAAAAAUCGUAAAAAUGGUAAGUCACACAAGAGGACACGUCACAAGAAAAAUAAGAAGCAAAAGAAGAAGUCGCGGAACUCUUCGGACACAUCCUCGCAGGAGAACAACGAGGAGAUACCUUUGAGAUUACUGACGGAAAGUGAGAUUAAAAAAGAGAUCAUGGACGAUCAGAUUACUAUAAACGUGAUCGUUAAAGAGGAAGUAACCACUCAGGAGGAGAAUAAUACUAAAGAAUCCGAGCCCGCGAGCACUUCGAGUCAUCGCAUGGUCACGAGGAAUAAAGCUACAUCUUUGCCUGCUGAAUCUCACAGUGGAUCGGAAUCUGCAAUGUCUUCGGCAAGAGAGAUACCAGCGACAACGGUCAGUACCAUACAAUCUUACAUUGAAGAUAUAUCAUCGACGGCUUCACCGUCACACCUUAAGACGAAGGCACAGCUGAAACAGAUGCCAGAAGCGGCUAAUACGGUUGAUAAACAAGUUUCCUUAAGCAUAGAAGGCGGUAUACCUAACGAUGGUAAUGUCCCCAAAUGCCCCGAUAUUUCGAAGAAGCAUCAUCAGGCAGCUGGUGUAAUUUGCAGCAAUCAACAUCAAGCAACCAACAUCAUCUACAGCAUAAAUGAGCCCGAAGUUUCAUCGGUGACUAAUUAUUUAACAAGCCGAAGCGAUGCAGCUGAUAAUAACGUGCAAACACUGUGUGACGAAACUAAUAAGAAUCCAAUGCAAUUAGAUGUGGCAAUGUGCGCCUCUAUCGAAAUGUCUACUGACGCUAUAAGUAUAUCAGGCGAUAAAGAAGUCUCAUCUUCUCCUGACUUAUCAAGUAAGGUAUCGACAGUCGUCGCGUCAGCAUCGCCGGUGUCAAGUGUCUCAACAGCGAGUACUACAUCUCAGAAGCAAGGGACCAGCAAGAAAAUUGACAUAAAAACCUACUAUGAACGUACGAUGCAACGUCGUAUCAACAAGCAGAACGAAACGAAGAAAUCGACAGUAGAAAGUCCCACAACGUCUCAGUCUUUGCCAUCUAUACCGAAAGCUUCUGCUGCUGCAGAGACCGAUGUAAAAAUUAACAAAUGCAUAUCAAGUUCUAUUAAAGAUCCACGAUUGAUUUAUUCCAAAAUAUCAGCCGCUGCUCUGUGUUCAACGACUGUUGAAGCUAAUACCGUGCAGAAAACACCGGAGAAAAAUAUUCAGUCGGAAGUACAGCAGACGACGGAGAACAUAUCUCCACAGAGCGGAAGUUUAAAGCACCAGGCGACGGAUAGAUCUCACUCUGUCGGAUCAGCUUCGAAACACUCUGACGAACACGACAGCGCCGCUAAGAGAAUCAGUAAACGUAAGUCGAAGGAUGAGAAGGUAUCUAGUGCUGGCAUGGAUAUCAAUCCGUCGCAAAACAACAUCGCAACGACACCGACAAGCACAUCAUCGAAGCUCAGAAAACGUCCGGAGACUGAAGAACAUACGACAGGUAAAAAAUUGCACGACAUUGUUCCACCCGACCCGAAGAAAUUUAAAAACAUUCGGUCCGAAGGCAGCAAAGAGUUGAAACUGAAAAAGGAAAUAGCGAAGGCGCAGAAGAUGAAGAAGUCCAAUUUAGCGUCAAAAUCCACGAGCAUAAUUCCGACAAAGGUGGAAGCAAAAAGUCAGACAACGCAAACAGAGGAGGCUGAUAAUACCAAUGACACGAAUAAUUCGAAUAAAAUAGAAAUUGAACGAACCAGACAGUCAACAGGUCUUUGUGCAAGUAAAGUAAGUCACGGUAAGACGGAAACAGAAUCAGUGCAAGCUUCAGAAAACACUAACGAUAAUAAUGGAAUAUUGUCGCGUAAUGUUGAUGAGGCAGAAAAAUGUUCGUUGAACUCGAAACUUACUGAAUCGAGAGACAUUAAAGAAAAUGUUACUAAUAUCGCGAGCGCUGACGCGCCAGAAUGCUUAUUUUCCAAAAUAAUGCAAAAUGAAGAAGCGUGUGACAUAACACGCGCAAGCGAUACCGCGAGUAUCAAGAUUACAAGUAAAGAAAGUAAGAAAUUACAGGUAAGGAAAGCCGACGAAAUUUCUAACGACGUGUCCGAGUCGGCAGUACGUGACAUUUACCCGCAGACCGAAGUCUCCGACAAUAUUGAAAAAACAAAUAAGGAGAAUCUUCCUUUGUCAAGUGAAAAAAUACAACAACCUAACACGACGAAAGAUAUGAAACUUUCGAGUCAGAUUAAAACUGGAAAAUUAAAUGAACGGAAUUUGUUAAAGAAUAUAAAUAAUCCAACCUCGACCGAGAAAGGCAGUAUUCCCGAGUCGGAUACGAUUUCUCGAUUAGAUGGUGUUCAAGAUGUAACAAGCAGUACAGGCAAAGCUGCGAAUAUGGACGAAGAUGCUCCUCUGUCCAAAAAAGCUAUUAAGCUGUCGACAUCUGUUGAAGAAAAUUCCGCAGAACAAAAAAUGGAGGAGAAUGUCACUUCUCCUGACAGCGUAGGUAGUCCUUUUAAAGGAUUUCUUCAGGACUCCACCAUAUCUUUCGAAUCGCCGUUGUUUGGUAUCGACAUAGAUGAGAUGAAUGCGGAUAAAGAAUUCACGACGGAUGAGAAGAACAGUAAACCCGACUUGAUGGCGAACGAGAGCAGGGAAGAUCGUCCGGAUAAAUCCUCGAGCGAGAUACUCAUGAGUACAUUGCAUGGAAAUGAUGUUAACACCGCGGGGAGUAAUGAAACCGAGAAACAAUUGAUAAGCGAAAGCGGGUACGAGACGAAUGUACAAGACAGAUUGACUGUUGAGGAAUCCGUGUUUAUCAAUGAGGAGGAGAUCCAGGGCGAAGAUUGUGCGAAAGAUUUGGCAAGUAAACUCACAAGCGAAACUGACCCUAGCUUAUCCGACGCGUUGGAUACAGCGGCUUCAGACGAGGCAUUGAGACUAACGGAAAUUCCGAGUACGGAACUUGGUAAUCAGAUGUAUUUGGAGACGAGCAUAGUCGAGGAGAAAAUGUCGUGCGAUAAGCUACUGAGCUUCGAUGCGGGCGAGCAGUUGGACAACGACAUGUUUUACUUGGACGAUCGUUUGCAAGGCACUACCGCGUUCGAUAGCAAGGACGAUGCACCGGUGCACUUCUCCGAUCAACAACGAAGUCUUCAGUAUGACAUCACGCCGACGAUCACUCCCGAAGCAAUGACCGCACCUUGCUCUGAUUUACCGCAGGUGGAAAUACCGAAGUUAACACCGAGUAAACUUAUCCAAAAGCAUAUCUCGCCCGACGUCUCGCCGACGGAUAACGAUCAUCCCAUUAGAAUGUCAAUGAAUUACUCGCCGAGCACAAUCGAUACACCGAAAACACUGAACAUCCCGACUAAAGCCGCCUUGAAGGAACCAGUGACGAAUAUCUUUACGAAGUCCCCCAUUGAUACAUCAAUGCCAACGGAGACGACUGAGAUACCAGAAAAAGUGCAACAAAGCGAGACAAACAAUCUGACUGGCCAAACACUAGCUUCGCAGUUCAAUGUAGAUAAGAAAAAAACACUGCCGCAAGAAAUUCAAAACAGUACGACCACUGCUAUGCAGGAGCUCUCUCGUGUAGAGGAAAUAUCACCGACUCGGCACAACGCGAACUGCGACGAAGCAGUUCUCAAGAAUAUUUCUAUGAAACAAAAUAUAUCGUCAACGGCAAUUGUUACCUCAGAGAAAAAUCCUCACUGCAUUGUACUACGCACUCCGGUUGUGGAACUAAGGAAAAUGAAAGAGUUAGAUCGCUUGAUGCAAAAGAAGACGCAGAAAAAAUCGGAAAAGGUUAAAGAGGCAGUACACAAGAGUCGCAAGCGCGAAAAUGCGAUUUUGCACAAGCUGGAAAGCCGACGAAUAAAAUAUCGAUCCAAGUGGCCGCACAUGAAGAACUUGGUGAGGAAACUCAGAUUAAAACAAUCUGAGAAACCCGGCAGCAGCACCAGUGAAAUAAUCUUAGCCAGAAUGCUAGAGAUCGAUGCGCAGAUGCUUGAGUUAACGAAGGAGAAGCUCAAGUUGCACGAAUUGCUGCAGAAGGAUCUUGCGUUGACUGGGAAUACCGCGUCGACUAGCAGUGUGACGCCGAAAGCAAAUGAAGACGAUAUGAUUUCUACUCGAUCCGAUACGCCACCGAAGUCACUCAUAAUCGAAGAUAAGGAAGUAGUUCAUGCAAAAUUAAACAAAACCCCGUCGUCGACGAAGCAGCCGACGAAGCAACCGACGAAGCAGCCGACGAAGCAGUCGACGAUUAAAAGAAAAAGAACCACGUCUCACAGUUCGGAAGACGAGGAGAUCGUGCGUUACACGCAGAAGAUGAAAACACCCGUGAUCAGAUGGAAAAAGAUACCGCGGUUGGGACAAACAGUCGCGGAAGAAGACCUCGAGGAGGAGGAUCACGAAAAGGAGAAAUAUAAAAAGGAAAAUCAGCAGGAGAAGAAAACGGAACAGCAGACGUCACCUCUUACAACCAGUGAGAAGAAAGUGAAUGAUCCGCUCAGCGUGCCCGAGGACGCCGUGGAGAAGCCUGAAUCUAACGCUGAAUCGGUGGUUCAUAACGAGCAAGUGCAGUCACUCAGUACGGAGAUUGGUAAGAAAGCCGAGUGCGACGUCAAUACAUCUCUGAAACGUGCGAUUUGGCCGGACAAAGAUGCGGACGAUCGAUCGAAGCCGCGAGAUUCUGUCGAGAAAGAGACCGAGGGUACAGAGCGUUCGAUUCGCAAGAGUGACAUCGACAAGAAGAGCGACGCUUCAGCGCCGGCCGAGGUACCGAGGGCGAAUUCCCAGUUAUCGAGCACACACGUGCACAGCACGCCUGAGCCCGCGUCCAUUUAUUCCGACGACAGCACGUGGGAUUCCCUGGUUCAGAACACUGCGUUUGAAUUGCACGAGAAGAGAAAGUCCACCGGGCUCGCUUUGCUGGAAGAGACGUUCAAGAAGGAGGUUGCCAUAUCGCGCAAGAUGAAAGCGAUGGCGCGCAAGCAGAAGAAGAAGCAACUGACUAACUUCCUGAAGAGCGUCAACAACUUGACAGUGGAGGAGGAGGAGUUGCCAUUGUCCAAAUUGUACAUCAGGAAGCUACAGCAGAAACGAGAUCUUUUGGAUUUGCUGGCCAAACAAAAGGACGAGCCGAUCAGCGCGGUUGUCGACUCGAAAGUUACGGAGAACGUGGAGCAAGUGAUAAACGCCGUUGCGGAAAAUCGAGUGGAUGAUCUUUACGAGGCUCAAUGCGAAACGCGAAUUUCCAACGAUAUCCCGUCGACAUCCAACGUCUCCGCCGUGUCGCAGUCUGACAAGCACCAGUUCUACGUCGAAGCCGAGGCGAACGCCAACGCGGAUUGGCCUAACGUAGAGAAAGAAGGCACGGAGAAGAUCGCGCUGCAACGGCAAGAUAAUAACGAUAUGCCCGAAGUAGAUGAACCGAAUUGCGCUUUCGCAGUCGUCAAUCAGAGCAAGGUGUCUAUCUGCAACGAACAUAACGUGGAGCCCGAUAGCAGCGUCACGCCCGAGGAGAGCCGUCACUCUACGGAUUCCAAGCAUGCGACAGAUCCUGCGGCCGUCCUGCGGAACUUCGACAUUAAAGUGUCCGUGCCUAAAAUUUUGAUAACGGAUGACUUUAGUUUAGGGUUGUUACAGAGAUUCAGCGACGCGCAGAGUGACGCCGCCAAUAGUGGUCUGGUAGAUUCUACGACACACGCGUUUGGAGUUAACGCUGAGAAACCAGAGGCGAAUAAGGAGCCGCAGAACGACAAGGUUUCGCAGGACGUUCCGCAGGCGGUCGAGUCGGUUGUGCAGGAUAACAACGAUGAGGAAAGCAAGACGAAAGCACCAGAAGAACAUCAACAGACGGUGGACGCGAACGGCAAUGAACACAGCACCGCGACAUGCAAAUCACCAAUGCAAGAGAAAACCGACAGUGCGACGAAUGCGCAAAUCGAGCCGCAGACGACUACCACGAGAUCCGAAUACUCCGACGUCACGGAGAACGAGAAUCCAAUCGACAGUGUUGCUCUCAAUAUUCGUAAUAAGGCAGCAACAGUAACCGCCGAGAUUGAGCGUGAGUCAGUUUCCUCGGAUUCUACGAACGCAAAAAUAAAUACGGAGCAAAAGAAGUCGGACGCUGAGCCUGAACAGCUUUCGAACGAUUCGAUCGUCUCGAGGCAGGAUUAUCAAAAUAUGGAGAGCGUUAAGGAAAACAGGAGCAACUCUGAGAACAACUCACGCGCGUUCGAGGAGAUUCAAGGAAAGGAUCUACGUGCCGGCAGUCCUGUCUCGGCUAAUACAGUCAGCGAGAAGUCAGAGGAGUCUAACGAGAUGCCUACCGAAGGAAAACGCAGUCCGGAUCAUACCUCGUCGUUGACGUCGUCGGCCACUCUUUCGGUUAGUAAGUCGAAAAACGCGGAAACAACUAAGAGGCUAACUGGCCGCAAAAAGAACAACAAAUCUAUGGCACUACGGAGAAGCUCUAGAUACACCAACGAGAACAUGCGACUCAACAAGGACGACGAUAACUCAAGCAGCAGCGGGCAAGAGUUACACGCGCAUGAGAGGGAUCCGGCAACACAUCGCAACAGCAAAUCGCCCACUAGGACGAUGCACGACGAUAAAAGCAACACGUUGAACACUAGGAAGCAUCGUGUUACUCAAAAGUCACAAAAUACGAGUACUCGGAGAACUCUCACUGGUGCCGAGUCAGAGACAAGAGUCGAUGAUUUGGGAUCACAGCUUACCACAACGGCAGAAUCCACUGCAUCGAGGGACAAGACCACGCUAGAUCUACCUGAAAGAAAAAGGAAACAUCAUACACGACAGGAAAUGAUGAACUGUAAAGUGACAUUGGUCGACUGCAAGCAUACUCUUCUGAAGCCAGAUGUCAGUCCCGAAGUUCUACACAGACUUGGAAUUAUUCAUGUGAAUCCUCAUGUACAAAACUAUGCGUCACUAAAACCAGAUAUUACAGUUACUCCUGCUGCGGGCGCGGAGAAAAGUUCCUCACUGAAGUCGGACAAGCCCGACGAUAAAGCUACAUUCGAAGAUGAAAACCAGCUUGAAAUCUUACACGAAAAACUGAUUACGAAGAGUAACGACGACCUCGUUCAAAUGUCUAUCUCGCAUGAAACAGAAGUGGGCGAGCAGGAGCCAGUAAGAAUGCAGUAUACGGCUCACAAAGGUCCUAUCUUAGACAUCAAGGUCUUUCAAGACUCGUUCUUAGCCGCAAGUGAAGACGGCAAAAUAUACAGGUACAGUAAGAUGUCGAAUGAGAUGCUGAAUAUCUACAAAGGUCACAAGUCUGCUGUUACCUGCCUACUUCUGUACAAGUUGUCUGCCUCAGAUGUUAAUAGUGAACAUAUGUUCUCUGGUUCCUUAGACGGCACAUUACGUUGUUACAACAUAAUGACCGGAACAUUAGUAAAAGAUCCAGCACAGAUAUACAGUCCGAUUCAGUGCAUGGAUGAAGCAUGGGGAAUGAUUUUUAUUGGUACUAAAUCCGGACACGUUUCGCGUUUCCAUAUCAAGUCUGGCGCAGUUAAAGGAAACAGCAUACAAUUUUCGGAAAAAUCUGUUCUUGCACUUAAAGCGACGAAUGAGGGACCGCGAAGAAUCCUCAUUGUAGCGUCUCGAAAUCAACCGAUAAGUAUACGAGAUGCACAAACCGGUUUGUUCCUUCGUACAAUUAGUGGCCAAAAGAGCCAUACGGUUUACAGUUUGAUGCGUCAUCAUAAUUUGAUUUAUUGUGGUACGAGUAGUACAUCGAUAAAUGUGUUUGAUUUUACAUUGGGUGAACAAACAAUUCAGUAUGAUGCUGGUGUUGGCAUCGUGUGUAUGCGACUUUACGAACAUUUGCUAUUUGCAGGCUGUUAUGAUGGCAACAUUUAUGUUUUUGAUACAACAAAUCAUAAACUAGUGUGUAGCAUACCUGGUCCAGGGAAUAUGUUAUUAAGUAUAGAAGUUGUAAAUAAUAUGAUUAUAGCAGGUAGUAAAGACAAGCGUUUACAUUCGUGGCAAAUGCCACCUCAAGUGCGUGCCUUGCUCUAUAGUAUAACAUAGCACGCUUAGGAAGAAAAAUCUUUACUUCAAAAAUAAUCAACAUCGGAAAACGGAAUCCAGUCAAUGCACAAUUCGUACGGAAUGAUAUGGGUAGGAUCCAUUAGACACUUUAAAGCGUCUUAGCUACGUCUAACACUGCGAAUAAUAUCAUUAAUCCUGUGCAUAAAAAAGAAUUCUUCAAAGCCUAUAAAGCAUCUAGUGGAUUACACCCUGAUACGAUACUAGAUACAAGUGAUACUAAAAUGAAUACCACAACAAACGAUUAAUAAAUGUCAUUUUAAAAUUUA